CGAAGUCAGUGCAGUGGGGCGCGGUGACAGGUGUGGAGGUCGCUUGCGCUCUCAGGUGUUCACGGCCCGUUGUCUGAGAGGCUUGGCAUUUGUGAACGCUCUGAAGGGACUUAAGGCAUAAUCGAUGGCCUUGUGGAUAGUGCUGCGUGAAUAAUUUGUGGAGGAGGCUGGUCGGCGGCCUGCCAAGCUGCGCGCCAUCUUGCAUCGCGGGGAGUAGUUUUAGUCGAAAUGGACCGGUGUUAGGCGCAGGGAUUGAUGGACCCAGAAACUGUUAUCACACAAGUAAAAAAAGAAGACGGCAAUGUCAAAGGACAUCCGGAGAAUGGCCAGCUGCCAGCCGCCCGGGUGAGGAAGCCGCGCGGCCUGCUGCGCUCGCUGCUCUGCUGUCUGGGCCGCGAGCAUGGCUCCCGGCCGCCCACGCCGCCGCCGCCCGGUCCCGGCGAGAAGGUGGCGCCGGCGCCGUCGGCCGGCCCGCCGCCGCCAGGCCUCCUGCUGCCGCCCGUCCGACACCAGGACAUGGGCAGGGUCUGCCUGGUGAUCGACCUGGACGAGACGCUCGUGCACAGCUCAUUCAAGCCGAUCCCGAACGCCGACUUCAUCGUGCCGGUGGAGAUCGACGGCGCCGUCCACCAGGUGUACGUGCUGAAGCGGCCGCACGUCGACGACUUCCUGCAGAAGAUGGGCGACAUGUUCGAGUGCGUUCUCUUCACCGCCAGCCUCGCCAAGUACGCUGACCCGGUGGCCGACCUGCUGGACAAGUGGGGCGUGUUCCGGGCGCGACUGUUCCGCGAGUCGUGCGUCUUCUACCGCGGCAACUACGUCAAGGACCUGGAGCGGCUCGGCCGCGACCUGCGCCGGGUGGUCAUCGUCGACAACUCGCCCGCCUCCUACAUCUUCCACCCGGAGAACGCGGUGGCGGUGAAGUCGUGGUUCGACGACAUGGCCGACACGGAGCUGCGGGACCGGCUGCCGCUGUUCGAGGCGCUCACCCGGACGGAGGACGUACUGGCGGUGCUGGCGCGCGAGCGGCGCCCGGACGGGCCCGGCUUGCCGCCGGCCGAGCCGCCCUCCUAGUCGGCUGCAGCGCCACCCCUGUGCCAAGUGACCUUACCGGCGCCACCGCCGACCGGCGCGCCGUCGUGCCAUAGCGCGCGCGCCGCGCCGCGCCGCGCCGCGCACGGACGCGGACCGGCUGGCGCGGACGGAGCGGCCCUGGGUCGGGGCUGCGUGCUGAGCUGCGCGCCGGCCCGGCCGACCGCGCCUGACCGUGUCGGGCGCCGCCGCCGUCGGUGCGCGUGGCUUGUGCCCGCAAGAAUCUGCGGGGCCUCGCGUCGGCCCCUGCCCGCGGCCCUGUCUGUGCUACCCGUCUGCCGGCGUUCCCCGAAUUUUUAGAGCUGUUUUACUACGAGAUGCUAGACGGGGACGUCCCUUCUCUGACAUAUCAGCGUGUGCCUGCUCCCAGCGCGGCACUGUCAGAGGCUGUCGGCGCCUGCGCAGCGUAGCGAGACUGUCGCCGCCGCGGGCUGCGCCUGCUGCCGGCCGAGCAGGCUCCCGGACGUAACGUAGUCAAUGCUAGAUGGAGAGCCAAAUGGGCGGCCGGUUUAAGCCGCCAUAACCACUAUCUUUAUAUAUCCGUGCACGUGCGUGCGCGUGUGCGUGUCUGCUUGCGUGCAAGCGUGUGCGUUGCCUGGUAGCCGUGGUCUGACCGCGCUUGUGCGUGUAUUUGUUGUGUGCCGACGGGGCGGCCGCCGCCGCUCCGGCCGGCAGCGCUGACUGUUGUUAACUGUGAUGUCCGCCUGGCGCGGUUGGCGUCACGCUGUGGGACGCGACCCGCCCGUGAGCCGCCGUCCGGCACACCACCUCGACCAGGGGUCGUCCCUGUGGUGCGAGGGCGAGUCCGGCCCCGCGGGCGCGUCCCCGCGGGAUGGAGGAGAUGACUGUUUUGUGUUGGAUGGAGCGACGCAACUGGUCCCAGGCGUUUUACAUUGUUGAACUGGCCGAGAUUUCAUCUGGGAUCUGUUUCCCGCACGAAUCGGGGCGAUGGUUCGCGAGUGAUUGCUGCAUCUGCUUGUCGGAGAUAAUCUCUAUGAACGUCCAGAUUGGCUCUAGUCCAUUGGAAGUUUAAUAAAGGGAUGCGAUAUGUUCGGCGAUGUCA